AUGGAGAGGUGCGUUUGCUUUAUGCUACUGCGGCGGAUUGGCUUUUGCAUCCCUCUAACGUUUUCGCAGAGUUCUCGUACCUUGGCGCUCCAAUAUGACAGUGAAGGAAGGCCAGAAUUCGACAGAGUGGUGCGCCAGGGAGUCCGGAGCGACAAGAUCGUGUACUCUAAGCCGGCGGACCAGCGGGAGAAACAGUUCAGCGAGGAGGCUCUGGCCCGUCCUGCUGACGAUGCCGUGAACAAGAAUCUAGAGCGCACACGGGAGGCUCUCGAGAUGACCCUCACGCGCCGUAGGCAGCUUGGUAACGCUUCGUCUGGACCCACCAGCGAGCCCGUAAUCUUCCGCUAUACGCCGAGCCAGCAGUCCGCUGGCGCCAUCAAUCAACGUUUGAUCAAGAUGGUAGAGAAGGAGACGGACCCAUUGGAGCCAUCGCGCUACCGCAACAAGAAGUUGCCCGCUGCGGCACCCUCCCCACCCCCUCCGUUGCAGCAUUCACCCCCUCGUAAGCUGACGAAGGAGGACCAACUGGCGUGGAAGAUCCCUCCUUGUAUCAGCAACUGGAAGAAUUCGAAGGGCUACACCAUUCCGAUCGACAAACGUGUACAGGCUGAUGGCCGGCGACUGCAGGAGGUGUAUGUGAACGAGAAGUUUGCCGUCUUCGGCGAGAGCCUGUCACUUGCGGAACGCACGGCACGUGAGGAGGUUCGGCUUAGAAACGAAGCGCAUCGUAUGGAGAAGCUUAAAGAGGCGCAGGAGAAGGAAGAACAACUGCGCGCUCUGGCCGCUCGUGCGCGCGAAGAGCGUUCUCGCAUCGAUUUGCAUAGCGAGCUGCAGGCCGCGGAAUUCGAGCGCAAGAGAGAGAUUGAACGUGAGCUGCGCUUGGAGCGAGCUGGCAAGAAGAUCAAAGCCGCAGCUGCCCGGGACAGGGAUAUUUCAGAACGUGUCGCCCUCGGCCAGCCGGCUCCGACCAGGGUCUCGGACGCGCACGAUUCGCGUCUGCUGAACACUGCGGCGGGUAUCGACUCGGGCUUCAACGCCGGCGAAGACGAGACCUACAACGUGUAUGACAAGCCGUUGUUCGUUGAUCGGAGCAUCGUUGGGAUAUAUCAGCACUCCAACGAGCGUUUCAAGCAAUCCUUGGGAGCGAGUGAAGCUGCUCGCGUACCAUCUUUUGCUAACGCUGCACAGGUGCAACGCACGACACCCGUGGAGUUUGUCAAGGAGACAUCGGACCCGUUCGGUUUGGGAGCGCUGUUGGACAAAGCUAAGAAGGAAUCCUAA